CCUCCAUCCCGUUCUUGGUGUGUGAGCUGAAGGCAGUGAGUCCAUAUAGCAGAGGGUUUUUCUGUGGUGAUCCCAGCAUCAUGUAUCCAUACCUACACAGAGAGGCUAUACCAGAUCAGCUGCUCAUUACUGGUGGGAUCAUCAUCACCGGACUCACUAUAGCUUUAGGGGAGUGUUACCGGGUGCAUUACCGAGGGGUCAGCUCCAAAGCCUUCGUCAGGAACCUCUACGUCUCAUGCCUGUAUAAGGAAUUAGGUUCCUUCCUGUUCGGCUGCUGCGUCGGCCAAUCCCUGACCAACAUGGCCAAGCUGAGCGUGGGGCGGCUGCGACCUCACUUCCUGUCUGUGUGCGGCGUCUCGUAUGCCUCGCUCAACUGCACCCCCGGAACCUACGUCUCCACGGUAACCUGCAGACAGACAGACCACCGAUUGGAGGAGGAGGCCAGGAAAUCCUUCUUCUCUGGUCAUGCUUCGUUUGCAAUGUACACCAUGCUGUAUUUAGCAUAUAAGUCUGUAUAA